AUGGCGGUGCGACAGGCGCUGGGCCGGGGCCUGCAGCUGGGUCGAGCGCUGCUGCUGCGCUUCACGGCCAAGCCUGGCCCGGCCUACGGCUGGGCGAUUUUUGCGCAGAAAAACAAGCUGGUGCCUGACCCGUUGGACACUAGACGCUGGCAGGGCUUCCAGCUGGAGGAGUACCUGAUAGGGCAGUCCAUUGGCAAGGGCUGCAGCGCGGCCGUGUACGAAGCCUCCAUGCCUGCGUUGCCCCAGAAACUAGAAGUGGCAGAGAGUACCAGGCUUCUUCCAGGCAGAGGCCCAGAUGUCAUUCCACAAAGAGAAAAGGAGGAGCAAGCUCUGGGGGCCCCUGCCUUUCCCUUGGCCAUAAAGAUGAUGUGGAACAUCUCGGCAGGCUCUUCCAGUGAAGCCAUCUUUAGCAAAAUGAGCCAGGAGCUUGUCCCAGCUAGCCGAGUGGCCUUGGCCGGAGAAUAUGGAGCAGUCACUUACAGAAAAUCCAAAGGAAGUCUCAAGAAAUUAGCACCUCACCCCAACAUCAUCCGGGUUUUCCGCGCCUUCACCUCGUCUGUGCCCCUGCUGCCAGGGGCCCUGGUCGACUACCCUGAUGUGCUGCCCCCACGUCUCCACCCUGAAGGCCUGGGCCAUGGACGGACGUUGUUUCUCGUCAUGAAGAACUAUCCCUGUACCCUGCGCCAGUACCUUUGCGUGAACACUCCCAGUCCCCGCCUUGCCACUGUGAUGACCCUGCAGUUACUGGAAGGCGUGGAUCAUCUGGUUCAACAGGGCAUCGCACACAGAGACUUAAAAUCUGACAACAUUCUUGUGGAGCUGGACGCAGAUGGCUGCCCCUGGUUGGUGAUCACAGAUUUCGGCUGCUGCCUGGCUGAUGAGAGCCUUGGCCUGCAGUUGCCUUUCACCAGCUGGUAUGUGGAUCGGGGCGGAAACGGCUGCCUGAUGGCGCCUGAGGUGUCCACAGCCUGUCCUGGCCCCCGGGCUGUGAUUGAUUACAGCAAGGCUGAUGCCUGGGCAGUGGGAGCGAUCGCCUACGAGAUCUUCGGGCUCGCCAACCCGUUUUAUGGCCAGGGCAGGGCCCACCUUGAGAGCCGCAGUUACCAAGAGGCUCAGCUCCCUGCACUGCCCAAGUCGGUGCCCCUAGACAUGAGACGGUUGGUGAGGUCACUGCUCCAGCGAGAGACCAGCAAGAGACCAUCUGCCCGAGUAGCUGCAAAUGUGCUUCAUUUAAGCCUCUGGGGUGAACAUGUUCUAGCGCUGAAGAAUCUGAAAUUAGACAAGAUGAUUAGCUGGCUCCUCCAACAAUCAGCUGUUACUUUGUUGGCUGAUAGGCUUGCAGAGAAGAGUUGUGUGGAAACAAAAAUGAAGAUGUUAUUUCUGGCUAACCUGGAGUGUGAAGCGCUCUGCCAGGCAGCCCUCCUCCUCUGCUCGUGGAGGGCUGCCCCGUGAUGGUUCUGCACACAGCUGGUGUGGCUGAGCCAAGGAGGAUUAGACCUGCACUCCACAUCGUAAUGGGUCAGGCCAACACAGGUGUUAUUACAGCAGAGUUUCACUGUGACAUUUGCCCCUAACACGUGGACUGUGGCUCAUCUGAAAGAGGCAGACAUGGACGGCAUCAGUCUGCAUGUGCCACCUGGGUUAAGGCAAACAUUUGCAUGGGUCAAUAUAUUCGGAUAGCAGAAUGAAAAAACAUCUAAGUGAGGCCUGGGAGGUAGGGAGCACUUAAGUUAUGCAUUCUGGAACAGCUCUGGUGUUUUUGAGAAAGCAUUUCCACAGAGCCCCUCCAGCUACUGAAUUAAUCUCUCAUAGCUAAAUUGACAGAUGAAAUGGAAAUUAACAAUGUGGUGUUUUAAACUUGCUGAUUUCCCUUUUGACUAGUUUUUACAGGAAUUGUGAAUUAUUAAAUGCAAAUUUAUAACUGCAGAA